GAAGUGAGUGAAAGUUUCCGCAGCAAAAUCCAAACCAGGAUCCUGCCAUGGCAACAGCGCAAGCUUGGAUCCUGUUUAUUGUGUUUUCUGCGACUGUAGCGGAAGAUAUUAAAUUAAAAUACAAACCAGCAACAAAACCUGUGCGUUUAUUCACCGAGGAGGAGCUGAGGGGACACGACGGCAGCGAGGAGGGCAAGCCUAUUUACAUGGCAGUAAAGGGAGUGGUCUUUGAUGUCACCACUGGAGAAGAGUUCUAUGGGAAAGAUGCUGCAUAUAACGCCCUGGUUGGGAAGGACUCCACCCGAGCUGUUGCUAAGAUGUCCCUGGACCCUGCAGACCUGACACCAGACACUGCGGGCCUCUCUGAAGAGCAGCUGGCGUCUCUGGAGAGUGUUUUUGAAGGCACGUACAAGGCCAAGUAUCCCAUCGUGGGCUACACGGCGUCACGAAUCCUCAACGAGGACGGAAGCCCCAACCAAAGCUUCAAGCCAGAGGACCAGCCGCAUUUUCACCUCAAAGAUGAGUUUUAAAUUUCAUCUCGCUUCUUUUUUUUAAUCUCAGAAACAAAGCUGUGCCAGCAAUUCUUGUUGGAAAUCAGCCUCAUUCAUUUUUCUUUGUGUAAAACCGUCCAGGAGAAGAAUAAGAUAUCGUUUUAUACUUGAAGUGACGCUAAUUGACUGGUUGCUGUGAGAGCUCGUCUCUUUAGUUCAACUCCUGUUAUAUUUUUAAAGGCUUUAAGAGAGAUGAUUUUUUUCAAAGAUUCCUUUAAAAAAUGUUAUAAAAUGUUCAAUUACUUGACACAUGACGUUGUCAUGUCUUAAUCUUCUUCCGUCCAUCAAUGAGUCAUUAUU